CUGGGGGUCCGGCGCCCGCCGCUCCGCCUGAGGGCCCGAGACCUGUAGUUCCGCCUGGGGGUCCGGCGCCCGCCGCUCCGCCUGGGGGCCCGAGGCCUGUCGCCCCGCCUGGGGGCCCGAGGCCUGUCGCCCCGCCCGGGGGGCCCGAUGCCUGUCGCCCCGCCCGGGGGCCCGGUGCCUGUCGCCCCGCCCGGGGGCCCGGUGCCUGCCGCCCUGCCCGGGGGCCUGGUGCCUGCCGCUCCGCCCGGGGGCCCGGUGCCUGCCACUCCGCCUGGUGGCCCGCUGCCUGCUGCUUCUCCUGGUAGCCCGAUGUGCCUCUGCCCAGAGUCCAGCCCGCCCGAUGUGCCUCUGCCCGGAGUCCAGCCCGAUGUGCCUCUGCCCGGAGUCCAGCCCGAUGUGCCUCUGCCCGGAGUCCAGCCCGAUGUGCCUCUGCCCGGAGUC